UUUCACAGUUGAGAAAUCAAUUCCGAGAGAAAUAAAAGAAAGAAGAGGAAGAAGAACAACGCGAACCGCAAAGAGAUCGAUAGCGUUUCGUUUCUUUGCAUCAACAAUGGAUGAACUACUCGUAGCUAUACUCUCGAUGCUUUUUCUUGCAGCACUAAUCCCUCUCUAUCUAUGGAAGCGCCAUCACGAUUCUCGAUCUUCCUCUUCCAACGAAGAGCCUCAACAGGCUCCUCAGAGAGAAACCGUCGUUCGUGCCACCGCUACUCGCCGCAUGCGGAGAAGACCGGCUGCAUCUGGAGCUAGCACUUCGUCGGCUCAGCCUGCAACGCAACAAGAGUCUGCGGAUGAAAGUGACAAUGAAGGUGCUGGUGAUGACUAUGAGGCCAAAGCAUCAAAGAAAAAGGAAAUCAAAAGGCAAGAGAGGGAAGCUCGGCGGCAGGCUGAAGAAGCUACCCGAGAUUCAAAGCAGUCAAAACAGGACCGUUAUUCAGAAAUGCGGAGGUUGAAGGAUGAGGAGCGUGAGGCACAGGAGCGUAAGUUGGAAGAGGAAGCCAAAGCUCAAAAGGCUAAGGAAGAGGAAGCUGCUGCAUUUGAAUUUGAGAAGUGGAAAGGCGAAUUUUCAGUUGAUGAUGAGGGUACACUUGAAGAGGAGCAGGAUAAAACUGAAGACUUGCUUGCCAAUUUUGUUGAGUAUAUAAAGAAGCACAAAUGUGUUCCCUUAGAAGAUCUUGCUGCAGAAUUUAAAUUGCGUACACAGGAAUGUAUCAAUCGCAUUGCAUCUCUGGAAAGUAUGGGCCGGCUUUCGGGUGUCAUGGAUGAUAGGGGGAAAUUCAUUUACAUCUCACAAGAAGAGAUGAAAGCUGUUGCUGAUUAUAUUAAGCGUCAAGGGAGGGUUAGCAUUUCCCACUUAGCUAGUAAAUCAAACCAGUUCAUUGAUUUAGAGCCAAAGACUCAUUAUAACGAGGACAUAAGUAACAUGGAGGAGAUAACUGUCAACUGACAUGGUUUUUUUGGCUUAUGGGCGAAGGAAAAUCUUGUGAUGUACAUAUAAAAGAAAGUGUACUAAUAUGGUAAUUAGGAUCUGGUACAUGACUUUGAACAGCCUUAGCAGAUUACUCCAAUUUCAGAUAUUUCUGCCAAAAAUAUAGUUACUGUAUCUAGAAUGUUAUUCCAUAUUUUUGUCUUCAGAACAAUUUUACUAUCAGGGUUUGCUCGUUCCAUGUAGUUUCUCAAUUAGUUUGAAACUUUAAACAAAAUGGAAGUAGAGCAUGUUAAACAAGAGA